AUGUUUCAAUCGAUCAAGUCGUACAUUGUUGGCUUGUGGCCCGGUCCGGUGUCGCCGGAGUUGAAAAAAUCUGUCGAGUCAACUAUCGAAUCUAGCAAGAUUUUAGUCUACUCAAAGACGUAUUGUCCAUACUGUACCGCCACUAAGGAUUUAUUGCACAAGUAUGGAGUCGAUUACAAGUUGAUUGAGUUGAACACCACAUCCGAUGGUGGUAAUGUUCAGCGUGCUUUGCAGGAAAUUAGUGGACAAAGAACCGUGCCUAAUAUCUUCAUCAAUGGGAAGCAUAUUGGCGGAAACUCUGAUUUACAAGCGUUGGAAAGUAGAGGUCAAUUGAAAGAUUUGCUUGCCAAAACAUAA